GGGCUGCAGCUCAGCGCGCUGCCCGACCACUCCCCGCUGCUGCAGCCCGGCCUGGCCGAGCUGCGGCGCCGAGCCCGGGCGGCGGGCGCUCCGCCGACGCCUCUGCCACUCACCGACUCCUUCCUGCUGCGGUUCCUGCGCGCCCGGGACUUCGACCUCGACCUGGCCUGGCGGUUACUGAAAAACUAUUAUAAGUGGAGAGCAGAAUGUCCAGAAAUAAGUGCAGAUCUGUGCCCUAGAAGUAUUCUGGGACUUCUGAAGGCUGGUUACCUCGGAGUCCUGAGAGCCAGAGAUCCCACUGGCAGCAAAGUUCUUAUUUACAGAAUCGCACAAUGGGACCCCAAAGUUUUCACAGCUUAUGAUGUUUUUCGCGUAAGUCUAAUCACAUCCGAGCUUAUUGUACAGGAGGUAGAAACGCAACGGAAUGGUAUCAAGGCUAUCUUUGAUCUAGAAGGCUGGCAGUUUUCUCAUGCUUUUCAAAUCACCCCAUCCGUAGCCAAGAAGAUUGCUGCUGUUCUUACAGAUUCCUUUCCAUUAAAAGUUCGUGGUAUCCAUUUGAUAAAUGAGCCAAUAAUUUUCCAUGCUGUCUUUUCCAUGAUUAAACCAUUCCUGACUGAAAAAAUUAAGGAACGGAUAUACCAGCACAUAAACAAAAUUACAGAUACAAAAGGAUUCAUUGCAGCAAAAGAUUGGAAACCACCAAGUGUUCAUCAUUAGGGAACUGGUUAAAUAAACAGCUGUAUCAACACAAUGGAAUACAGUAAGACUUUCAUGAUGUAAAGUGAAAUAAAAAAAUGAAGAAUAGUUUUUAUAGUAUACUACCUUUUGUAUAAAAAGGGGAGAAAUCAGAAUCUCUAGUUGUAUUUACAUUAAAAGGAUACAAGAAAGCAACCUAACUAUAUGUAAUAGAGUAGAGGUGUGGAUGGGGUGGAUGAGGUUUGAGUAGGGACCAAGGCAUCUCAUUGUAUAUCUUUUAUCUUGUUUUGAUUUCUAGCCAUAUGAAUGUAUUAUCUGUGCAAAUAAAAAAUAAAUGUAUUUAAAUUAGACAUGCAUAACUGAAAACCACAAUACCCAAGGUAUGUGACUUAAUGUCAUGUUAAUUAAAGCAAAGAGAUUUGAUGGGUUUCUUUGUUUUUGUUUUUACCUAUCUUGUGGAGCCUUAUCUCAGGUGAAUAUCUAAUAUCUCUUAGGAUUUUUCAAGUAUUAAAAAUAAAAUUUGAAUUCCCAAGAAUGGCAACCACUCUUCUACAUUAAUCUAUAAAGGAUAAUUUGUAGAGAUUAUCCAGUAGGAAUUUCUAUCUGUCUUCAAGAAGAACUACACCUAUGAAGAUGGCCACUUUUCAUUUUAGCAUUUUUAAAAAAGUCAAUUUUGCGGGGCUCACUUUUGUCUCUCUUCAGUGUAGCUUGAUAAUAUCUGACACGUUUUGUUUAACUCUGAAAGAUCUAAAAAUAAGUAUUUCUAUUUUGGGUUAUAUUCUGGACAAAUAAAAACAAAAACAAUGAACCGAACCUAAUGAAUAGGAGAAUAUGAGCAAAAAAGAAAGAAAAAUAAAAAAAUUGAGAAGGUAGGUGAAGCAUUUCAGUGAAAGGUAAUUGACAUGAAAUAGACUUGCCAAAGUAAGGGAGAUGGGGACCCAAUCAAGCCAUUCUCCUCCCGUUCAACAUUUUGGCAAUACCUUGUGAGUGUUUUUAUUUGCCCCCUUCUGAGGAAAUAGUGGAAUUAUUUUCAAUUAGCUGAUGGUAUUUUAAACAUUUCAGAAGAAAUCAAGAAUUGGGACUCUGAGGUUCCCAACUCUAGGAAACUUGUUUCAUUCAUUUUUCAAUUCUCCUAUCCUAGCAUACAGUAGCUGUUUUUAUUUUUUUAUUUUUUAAAGGUUUUAUUUAUUUAUUUGA